AAUUUUACAUUUUGCACAUAGUCUCACACUCCUCACUAUCUUCCAUGCAAGCCGACAAGAGGUUUUAUAAGAGUUCAAGAACACAUUUCAGCAAACAUAAAUGCUCAAAGGGGGUGCAACGUAUAGCUAAUUAAAAGUGCAACCUAGGAGAGUGGAUGUAGCUGAGCCACAUAACCUGAGAGGCCUAGAGGGCUGCAUUUGCCCCCAAGCCUGAGGUUCCCCACCCUUGACAUAAUGAUCCAUAGAAGCUGUAUUCAGACAGGGCAGGGUUUGCUAGACUUCUGCACAUCUGCACUUUGUCUGGGCUCAACCCUGACUCUUGUAAAACAGAUAUCAUAGGAAAAUGCUGUGUGGACAUGCAGAGUAAAAGAAAUGGGGAGGGAAGUAACUUGAUUUUUUUUAAAAUAAAAAAACCUUGUUGGUUUUCCCUUUGUGCUUGGAAUCCCCCUCCUUUUGCUGUCUUACAACAAUGCCUCUCACUCAACAAGAAAGUGAGCAAUGAGAUUUUAGAUGUCAGUAUCAUCAGAGAUAUUUCUUUUUUACAGUACAAAGUCCAGAUGAUCUGAAUAACUACAUUGCUUAGAGGCAAAAUAUUUCUAUCCCUGUCAAGAGUGAUGUAGAUGCCAAUUGACACUUUGUGUGUAGGAUUUUUUUUUUAAAGAGUUAAUAUUAUAGGGCAGUACAAAAAUGAGAGAAUCAUAUUGUGCGGAUGCAAGAAACAAAGGCUCUAGAAAUUUUAAUCAAGAUAUGUCUCUCUGUCUCCCACUCUGAGGAGUUAAUCUUCCUAAAAUAGCCCUUUUGAUGCUCAUUCAGCCCAUUAUAUUGAUCACUUCAUUGCUUCUGAGACAUGGUCUGCACCUCAACCAUUGAUCUUUGACAUUGUAAGACUUCUGUGGAAAGAUACACUAGAGUAUAACAUUGAUUUCAGUUUUAUUGUUCUGUACCUUUGGAUUUUAAAGCACACCCGUAAGUAUAAAUACUUACAAAAAAUAAAAUGUUUUGACAGAAUUGAAGAUUUCUUUUUCUCUUCUUUUUUCCUGUCUCAGAAUCUCUAAUUGCCAGGAAUAAAUUUUGGAAUAAUAAAUGAAGUAACAUUUUAUAUCUCAAAACAAUAUCCCUUCCUUUCACCCCCACCAGCUCCAGGUAUUAGUUGGUGCAGAAAGGUACACAUUCUCUUUGAUUCAGGAGCAUUUUUACUGACACAUAAUAAAAAAGCAAGAUGGUAACAGUUAUUACUAUAUUAUAGGUUGUUGUUGUUUUUUUAAAAAAACUAUAUUGCAAUAUAAUCAGGGCUUUUAUUCAGUUGGAACUCACUGGAACGCAGUUCCGGCACCUCUCAGGUGAGUGCCAUUGCCAUUUUGAGUUCUGGCACCUCUUUAUAUUUUUUAGCUCCUUGAUCACUGCAGAUGGUGACAGCAGUCACGAAAUUAAAAGACGCCUGCUUCUUGGGAGAAAAGCAAUGACAAACCUAGACAGCAUCUUAAAAAGCAGAGACAUCACCUUGCCGACAAAGGUCCGUAUAGUUAAAGCUAUGGUUUUCCCAGUAAAGAUGUAUGGAAAUGAGAGCUGGACCACAAAGAUGGCUGAUCGCCGAAGAAUUGAUGCUUUUGAAUUAUGGUGCUGGAGGAGACUCUUGAGAGUCCCAUGGACUGCAAGAAGAUCAAACUUAUCCAUUCUGAAGGAAAUCAGCCCCGAGUGCUCACUGGAAGGACAGAUCGUGAAGCUGAGGCGCCAAUACUUUGGCCACCUCAUGAGAAGAGAAGACUCCCUGGAAAAGACCCUGAUGCUGGGAAAGAUGGAAGGCACUAGGAGAAGGGGACGACAGAGAACGAGAUGGUUGGACAGUGUUCUCGAAGCUACGAACAUGAGUUUGACCAAACUGCGGGAGGCAGUGGAAGACAGGAGUGCCUGGCAUGCUCUGGUCCAUGGGGUCACGAAGAGUCGGACACGACUAAACGACUAAACGACAACAUAUUUUUUAAAAUGAUGAAGUGACCCUGUGUUAGAUUGCAAAGAGGUAGCUAGCUCACUUUUCAGAAGUGCUAUCCAAGCAUUUGCUGUAUUAGAAUAUUAGUUUAUUUUUUAUGCGAUCAUGCACGGCAAUGUUCUCAGUACAUUAGAACCUUCAUGAUCCAGAGCUGCUGUUAUUUGAAUGUCAUUCUGCAACUUUCAGCAUUGGCCCUUUUAAGUGCCAAAUUGCAUAUUGCUCCUUAAUUGUUUAUGGGUCAGAGGCCUUUCUCUAUGCUUGUGAUCCAGAUGGUAGGAGUAACAUUUAAGUGACUGCCAUUGAGACUACAGCAUCUAUUAGUCUAAAUGAGAGGGACUGCUGCUACGUAAGGAGUGGCACUAUGUACUGUGCUCUGGGUGUAUUGCCAGGUUCCCACAUCAUGAAACCUGGUUCCCACAUCACAUUAGGACAUUCCCAACCCCACCUUGCACUCACUGUGGGGUUUCUAUUAACAGCAAGCAUCCUAACAGGUGAACCGUUAGAUCAUUGAUAUGAGGUACAGCUCAAAUUCCUCGGGUCAGUUUUUGGGGUUGUAAAAGUUUCUGCUUGAAACAUCUUAGCUCAGUGGAAGAGCAUCUGUCUUACAUGCAGAUGGUCUCAGGUUCAAUGCCUGGCAUCUCCAGGUAGGGCUGGGAGAGAGUCCUGCCUGAUACUCUGAUGAGUAUCAGCCAAUGUGCGUUGACAAUACUGAGCUAGAUGGACCAAUGGGCUGACUCAAUGUAAGGCAGCUCCUUGUGUUCCUAAGUUCUGUAUGCUCACACCUUAAGGUGUUUAGAAGAAUGAAGUACCGUAAUGUGGGGAAAGCAGUCUAAGGUAAAACCUCAGCAUCAGAAAACCAGAGUGAAAUCUAGCCCCAAACAAGCUCUUUAAAUCAGUUCACUUGUGGUAAUGGUUUUAUUGUUUUUAGAAUCUGUAUAUUUUGUAUACAGAUUCUAAAUUUUACCGUCUUGUGCAUUACUUUCAUAGCUUUAGCUCUUAAGCGAUUUCUAAAUCUGCAAGUAAAUAAGGUACUAUGAUUUCAGACACCUAGGCUGCUUCAGUUUGAUUGAAUUGUUCUUGUUUCUGGUGGGGGAUGUUCCUUCAACUUCUGCCAGCUUUUAUCCAUAAUGCCAUUCCAGUUCUGCAUUCAUCUACAUAUUUUUUUAAAAAAUGGCAUCCUUCUAAAAUACAUAUUUAAAUAUGUAUUUAAUUGUAUAUAUUUUAAUAUUUUAAAUUUUUAUCUUUUAUUUAGUUUUAAAAUAUAAAACUAAUAUUUUGUUGUGUACAUUGAUACUUUCAAAACGACAGUAACGUGCAGAAUCUUUUGGAAAGGUCCAACUAAGGAUGUGGAUCAGGUUGUUUUAUAUAGGAACUCCAGCACACCCCUAAAUUUCCAGUGGAAGUUUCAGAAUUGUAUCAAUAACUACUUUUUCAGCUCAAAUCUCUUGAGGUAUCUCUAGGGCAAGGUAUUAAAAUAUCAAAAAUCUGCACCUUAAUCGCAGCCCAUUUCUUAGCAUACACUGUACCCAGCAGUAAGAAAACUGGAUUUGACCCAUUAAUGCUUAACAGUGAGCACCACAUCCAGUUCAUUGUUGCUAAACUAAAUAGCCUUAUUGAUUUUUUUGUUUGUGUGUCAGGUGCUAGGGGAUGUUGUAAACAGUUCAAUUUGAAGCCAGCCACUCAUUUCAAACAUUGAUGUUAAUACUGGCACUACUCCACUUCAGGUGGAAAAGUGAAGGUGAACUAGCCAAAUAGUGACUUACUGUCAGCUGCUGUUACUAUUUCUCUGCAAAAAUCCCACUCUCUUUGGAAUGAACCACUGCAAUGACUUGCUGUUUUGAAACUUGAUGCAGUCAGAGAAUUCUGAAUGAUGUUGCAUUCCCUGCAAAGCUAAAACACUGGCCGCUGAGACUGAUCUGUCAGAAAUAGGACUCAAUCCACCAGGAAGAUUAGUUUGCAAAGUCUUGUUGAAAGUAAUGGGGACUCUCUUGAGAGCAUAGGGGACUACCAUACUCAGUACAGGAGAGUACUGUAGAACCAUGAAAGUUAAUGGCUGUCACUGUGCAUUUAAAGCAGUGUGAUACCACUUUAAACAAUCCUGGCUUCCUCCAGAUAAUCCUGGGAAUCUUGUAUUUUGUUAAGGGUGCUGAGAAUUGUUAGGAGACCACUAUUAUCCUCAGAGAGCUACAGAUCCCAGAGUGGUUUAUCCGUCAAACCCUCUUCCCAAGGAGGAAUUGUAGCUCUCUGGGAAAAUAGGACAGCAAGGAUCAGGAUUGCCAUUCUAUUAAAUCUUUGAUGUGGCCACUUUUAGACAAUGAUGUAUAAUCUCAGGCAAAGAGCUUGAAAAGGCACAGAAAAGGGGGACGGAAAAUUUCAGGUAUGAGUUGGAUCAAAUUGCACAAGACAAGGGUGGGACAAACCAGUACUUCUCCCCAACCCUUCCCGUUGCUUGAAGAAAAGACAUUUUUAAAUAUGAUUCCUCCCCCCUCCCCCAAUAAUCGACUUUGCCUCUUCUGUGCCCUUCAGAAAAUAUAUGUAUAUAUUUAAAAUUCGCAUUCUCAUUGGGAGGAAAGGCAAAAUCAUUUGGGAGGUUUUUGUUUAGGAAAAUGAAGUAGGGGCAAUUGUGUGGGUGUUUCUUUCUCGGCAUACUAGGAUGUGUGUUUGUGCAUGCUAUGAACCAAUGAACCUGAUUAGCAGAAGGUGCAAGAGAGGGGAAAGGAACACACAUUACUUCAAACAACAACACAUACAUUAUAAUGCCUUGAAUUUACUGCCACAUUAAGUGCUGAAGGUCAGUAGUUGAAAUGGCUUUUUAAGAGCCUAAUACAGUGGAACCUCGGUUUAUGAACACCUCAGUUUACGAAUUUUCAGUUUACGAACGCCGCAGACCCAUCUGGAACGGAUUAAUUCACUUUCCAUUACUUUCAAUGGGAAAGUUCGCUUCAGUUUAUGAAUGCUUCAGUUUAAGUACUCUGCGGACCAUCUGGAACAGAUUAAUCCACUUUCCAUUACUCGGCGGCUGCUCCCAGUCACCAGUCUAGCUGCUGCAUUCUGGAUUAAUUGUAGUUUCCGGGUCACCUUCAAAGGUAGCCCCAUGUAGAGCGCAUUGCAGUAGUCCAAGCGAGAGAUAACUAGAGCAUGCACCACUCUGGGGAGACAGUCUGCAGGCAGGUAGGGUCUCAGCCUGCGUACCAGAUGGAGCUGAUAAACAGCUGCCCUGAACACAGAAUUAACCUGCACUUCCAUGGACAGCUGUGAGUCCGAGGCUGUGCACCUGCUCUUUCAGGGUUACAGUUGCUCUCCAUUCAGGAUCAGGGCGUCCCCCACACCUGCCUGCCCCCUGUCCCCACAAAAGAGUCUUUCUGUCUUGCCAGGAUUCAACCUCAAUCCGUUAGCUGCCAUCCAUCCUCCAACCGCCUCCAGGCUCUCUGAAGUUGCUGCCCUCUGGAAGUUGCAACAGAGUUUUGCUUCAUCUUGUUGUUUGUCUGGAGGGGACAAACCAUGAGCCAGGGUUCAGAUUACAUGCUAAGCCAAACCAUGGCUUAGUUUACGGCAGCAGAGCAGCAGCAGCAUGACUGAAGGAGGAGCAAAGUGGCCAUGAUCUCCUCCCUGGGAGCCUGGAUGCUUGCCGAUUGGUGCUAAGCCAUGUAACCUGCAAAUUGAUUCACAGAGUAUUUGUUAGAAAAUAGAACUGUUACCUAAUGAACCCAGCUCUCUCUGCUGAGUUCCACCUACAAGCAUUUGCUCGUACAAAUACUUCACAGUAGGCAGGGUCAGCUGCCCUAAUACAUUCUCUUCUCUGCUGCUGUCAUAUGAGGGUAGGAAGGAAGGAGUAUUUUGACUAAUGUUUUGAGUGGACCGCAUAUCCAAGGAUGCAUUUGUCAUUCAGCCCUUGUUAACAAUACUUAUUAAAUACACGUUUUCAAUUUGAAAAUAGGGAUGAGAGUGAGGUGGAUCUGUGUGGGGAGAGCUUCUGAACUUCUUAGAUGUUCCUUCUGGUGUGCUAUCAAGUUUACUCUGUGUGUUCUCAAUGAAAAUAAUCAUAAAUGCCGCAAACAAGGGGUUCCGUGAUUCCUGUGGAUUUUGCAUUAGGAGAACUAAAAUUGAUAUUCCUUGACAAUAGUCUUUUUUGGAGUGCUUCUAAAUUUAGCCUAACAAAGGACAGAGAAACCUACGAUAAUAGUGUGGCUGGUGAUUUUACAGCGAGGUUUCUGGGAAGAAUUAGGUCUGAACUGACUCAGCCAAACAUCCUGAUUUGUCCUUGACACUCCAGCCUGGAAACUCUCUUGCCAAAAGACCCACUGCACUGCAACCUUAAUCGCAUCUUUAGUACCUAGCCAGAAUGUAAAGGAAUUAGCAUAUCACAAUUGGCCAGAGUCCUAAAUGCUAAGCUAAUUACCCUUGAGCUCUGGUGAGUGCAGAUUAAAGCAGACAAUUGAAGCCACAAACACGGUGGCUCUGAGUUCCUCUGUUCUACAAAUAGCUUUUGACUGAAUGCCUGCCUCUUCUAUUGUAGGAUACAGAACUUGACCCUGACUUUUUCCUGCCACCCCUUGUUGUGCUAAUAGUUGAUUUUACACCAAUAGAGGGAGGGAAGCUCCACUUGGGAGGUUGUAGUGUGUUGUGGGGUCUAUAAAGCUACCGUACCCAAACAAGCCUGCUCAAAUCCACAGAAGUCCUACAUUUAUUUUAAGCUGUGAUUUUCAUUAUUUCCUAAAUGUUUCAAACAGCUUUUAAAAACUCUUAGUACCGAUAAUCUUACCGUUUUGCUCUUUUUGUAAACUGCUUCAGAGGGUGUUUAGUUUUUUGUUUUUGUUUUAACAAUUGAGUGGUAAAUAAAUUGUAUUUUUUUAAAAAAAAUAAGGCUGUUUCCUCCAUUCCUGUUGACAUUGCUUUUACAAUUGGCAUUGGGCACUUGUUGAAUAAUACUGGCAACAUCAAAGCAAGGGGUGUCCACACUAAUGUUUGCUACCCAAUGUUUGGUGUCUGCUUAUUUGCACAUUUAUAAGCUGCUUCACAAUAGCAGUGGCAACAAAAAAGUUAUUGAGUGGGCAAUCCUAACCCUGGUUGAUGUCCUGUUCAGUGGGUGGAAGGAGGAGUGACGAGAUUCUGCUGGCAGGGCUGAAUGGAGAAACUUAUCUAUGUAUUUAUCAAAUGAAAUAUAGCCUUCCCACCAUCCCCUUCAGGGUGAGGUGCAGAUAAACAUAUCACACAACAGUCAACUAUAAAACAAUAAAAUACAUCAUCAGGGACAAAUGAAGGCAGCUCAGAAUGGAGAAUCAUUGAGUUGGAGUGUACCCUAGAAGCCAUCUAUUUCAACCCCAUGCCCAAUGCAGGGUGCAACUGCCGCAUUCCUGAUGGAUGGCCAUCCAAUCUCUGCUUAAACAUCCCCAGUGAAAGAGAGCCUCCGGUCUGCUGGCCAACUGCAAAUCUUAGCUUGUCAGUUUAGGCAUAACACCAGAUUAUACCUAGGAGAAACAAUGGUUUAAAUACCCGCUUCAGGCCAUGGCUUCUAAUUCUGUUUGCUGACCGAUUGCAAACCACAGCUUGCCACAGUGCCUGAAACACAGCUGUUGACAACUGGUAGACAUUCCUGCAAAUGCUGCUAUACUGUGUCAGUGGCUACGGUAUUAGACCAAAAAGCUACAGUAUGUGAGACUUCCAUAUGCAAAGGCAGUGUAGCUUCAAAUACUAUUUGCUGGGGAGUAACAGCAGGAGAAGGCUGUUGCCUUCACACUCUGCUUGUGCACUUCCCAGGUGCAUCUGGGUGGCUACUGCAAAAAAAACAGGUGGUAGGACUGGUUGCUCAUUUGCUCUGAUCCUAUCUUAUGUUUAUAGCUGUGUCUUAUGUUUAUAACCUAUUUUAUGGUUACUGCUGUGACUCUCUGCCUGUGUAUGGUCUGGCUAAGUCUUCAUUUUCCGUAGUCCAUAGGGGAAAUCAUGUGUAGAAAGGAGCCUGCUUGCAAAAGGGGGUGGUAGUGUAGGGUCACUUGUGCAAGUUAACAGAUUAUGACAUCUGUUGAUACUAAUCUUCUGCAGAACCAGUCAGUUAUAUGUUCAUGGAUAGCCGUUCCAUGCAUAGAGGGUAGGGUGGCCACUUUCCCUAUGUUACAGAAGACAUCCUUCUUAUUUGAAGAGCUGUCAGAGGGGAGUCCUCUGUCUAUUUGAAGAACUAACUGGUCCAAAUCUAGUUUAAAGACAGCACACCCUAAGAAGGGAGAACAACAGUCUGAAUAGGCCCAGAAGUCAUUUGGUCCCAGUCUUCUCCACUAAGGUGAGAUGUAUUGCAUGCCCCUCCCUUUAUAGAAACUAUUUCUAAAAUUGCACCAAAACACACAAAUUAGAUUAUUAUUAUUAUUAUUAAUUGAAUUUGUUAGUCGCUUUAUCUUGCCCAGGGUAAUGCGACUUACAACCAAACAGACAGAAAACCCACAUACUGUUUACAGAGGAAUGGUUUUGUUUGGUGCCUAAAGAUUGCAUUUUUAAAGCAAAUCCGGGUUUAUUUGGUGAUGCCUAAGUAGUUACCCUAAUAGAAGGCAACCAAGGAGAAUGGGGUGGUGGGGUGGGAGUCUAUGGAAGUUCUGUUUAUUCUUUUUAUUGCUGGUCUGUUGACUUUCAGAAGGCUUAUUUUUUGCCACUCAUCAUUGCAGCCAUGAAUAUUAUUUGGCCAAAGUUUAAUACUGUAAUAUUUUCCUUUUGGGUGUGGAGGGUGUGUCUUUCUGUCUUUUUUAUACUGAGCAAAAGGAGGUGCCACCGGGUGGAGAGUCCACACUGAUUAAGCUGGUUUUUUAAUUAUUGCCUUUUCCUAACCAAAUAAGGCUGCAGUCCUGAGCAUAUGCUUUCCUGGAACUAUGUCUCAUUGAAUUUAGUGGGAUUUACUUUCAAGUCUACUUUCCUUGGGGGAUCAAGCUAUAAAUCUGUUAACAAGCAUGUUGGCUUGUUUUUAAGACGAAACAAAAUAAAGGAAAUGUGUGAUGAUACAGUCCUGACUAUCAUUUUGAACCAUCCAUUGGAUUGGAGCUGCAACCCAUUUAUGGCUUCCUCAGUGAGAAACUGUGGAACUGUGAGUCAUUACACUUGGCAGAAGCAAACUGUUAACCCUGUCAAGGUGGCAUUGGUUAUAAAUACAUGGUGUAAUAAUGGUAAAGAGAAUGUGGCAGUGAAGAGAGUGGUGGAUGGGCCUUUUUUGAGUGGAAACAUAUGCCCUGUUCAAGUGUUUUAGUAUCUUGAAAGCUCUGCACUGGAAAAAAGUACACUAGCUCUAUUCUCCAUCUCCCUCCAUGAAUCUAUCUUGAGCCGUCUUCUAGUUAGUUUUAUUGGCUCUGCUGUUGUGAAGGAAAGUAAAUAAAAAUAAAAAUUCUCUGCCCACCACCUCCUCACUGUUCCUCAUUAGUACAUAUAAACCUCUCUCUUUCCCCCUCAAGGACCACCUGGAUGCUGAGAUCAUCCUCUGAGGCCCUUCUUUAUGUGCCUCCUUUGCAAGAAGUCUGGAGGGCAGCAACACGAGAACCUUUCUGUGGUGGCUCCCCAUUUGCUGAACCCUUUCCCUAGGGAUGCCCACCUGGUACCUUCAUCACAUCUCUUUAGGCACCAGGCAAAAAUGUUCUUCUUCAACAAGACUUUUAGCUGAUUGAUACCCAAUGCCCUUUUAAAAGUGUUGUGGGAGGGGGGAAUUAUUGGUUUGUUGUUUUUCUUAUUUCUACUAUGUAUUUUGUGGUUUUUAUAUUAUAAUUUUAUGUUGUGAACUGCCCUGAGAUCUAUGGAUGAAAGGUGGUAUACAAAUUUAAUAUAUAAUGCUAGUAAUAACAAUAAUAAUAUCUGGCUGGCCACUGUGAUAACAGGAUGUUGGGCAAGAUGGGCAAUUGGCCUGAUUCAAUAGUGUUCUUCUUACUUUCUUACCUGUUCUGUAUAGGGGAGAUGCUCCAACCCGUCAAUCACUUUGGUUGCCCCAUUUCUGUGCCUUUUCUAGCUCUGAAGAGGAAGAGACUAGAUUGGCAGUGCAUGCUGUUGAGCAGCAAUUUAAAUCCACGAGUGCUUGCAUGCAACAUUGCUGUAUCGGAAGCUGGCUGCGAGUUAUCAAAGGAAUCCAAGCAGGAUAAGGAAGAUUUUGACAUAGGCUGGCCAAGAAAUUGAAGUCCUGAUGGGGGACUCAGGAUCGAGGCGUUCGAUCAUUGUGUCCCGGCUGCCAAUAUUCAGGAGAAGUAUUAGCCGGCGGCACGAUUCCCUCCCGUCCUCGCCAACUUCUAGCAAUACCGUUGGUGUCCACAGCUCUUCUCCCUCCAGCACCAACUCCAGCUCAGGUAGCACCGGCAAGCGCAGGAGCCUCUUCCGCACACCUUCCAUCAGCUUCCACCACCACAAGAAGGGGAGCGAACCCAAAGCCGAUUCUCCAGGGCAGAACGUGAGCAUUUCGAACGGUGCUCAGCCUGGCCACAGCACUUUGCAGAAGCUCGGUUUGGAGGAGCACGUGAAGCACAGAGGGAGGCAUUCGGUCGGCUUUGGGAGUUCUCGGAGCAAGAAGAUCACCAGGUCUUUGACGGAGGACUUUGAGAAGGGGAGGGAGCCUUCAACCCAUAAAAACGUCUUCAUAAAUUGCAUAAGGUCUGGGAAGAAUGAAGGGGAUGACUCUGGCUUUGCAGAGGACCAAAGCAGGGCCUCCGUUAAACAUUCCUCAAGGAAACUUCUCCCCAAAUCCUUCUCGACACACUACAGGUUUUCAAAGCCAGUCCCUCAAAGCCAGUCCAUUUCCUGCGUGCAGCCAUCUUCUUGCUUGUUGGACAUUAAGCCCAGUGUUGAAAGUGAGCCUGUGUCGGCGAAGUCUUCCUCCCUGUGUUCUGCUGACAUAAUAGAAUGUGCAGGCAGCUCUUUGCAGUCACCACUGCUCUCUGCUGACCUGACCACAGUCCAGACGCCUUCCGAGUUUCUAGCACUGACAGAAGAUUCCGUCUCGGAGGUCGACGGAAUGCCCAACUGCGGGAAUUUGCACGGGGAAGCCUUUGCCCACAAUGUUUCUACCUCUCAAAUCUUCCUCAAUCCCAUUGCUGCUGCUGCCACUGCUCCUCCUCUUCCUCCUCCUGUUCUUUUAAGGAAGAUGGAUCAUGCAGAAAGUGUUUCUCAUUGUGCCGUUCUAUCGCCCAGAAGUCACAGGGCCAGAAAUGGACUGCUCAAUGAAACUAGUGCCAUAUCUGAAACCCUCGAUUCUAAUCGAAACCAUGCAAAAGUAUUAUUGCAAGAGCUUCCUGCUAAACAGACCCCCCAUCCCGAAGAAGCAAACUCAGGAGCUGAAGCACAAUUAAAACCCUUUGUCUUAAACCAGGGGGAAGUAACUGAACGUUCCCCCAAAGCACAGGGACUACCUAGAGACCAACAAGAAGUUAAAGCACCGGAACAUAUUAGAGAAACCAUCCCAGUAAUUGAGUCGAAGAUUAUUCCUUUGUCUUCAGAACCGCAGCCUUUUCAAGCCCAGCAAGCAUAUGAAAUAAAAGUGAAUCUUGCUAGUAGUUUUAGUCCAUACCGAGAAGGAAGAUUCAUAGAAAAACGCCUGAGAUCCUCCUCAGAAGGCACUGCUGGGAGCAGUCGGAUGAUCUUGAAACCAAAGGAUGGCAACCCAGAAGAAAUGAACAGCUUGAGAAAGCAGAGAACGGGCUCCUCCUCAUCUAAAAUGAACAGCAUGGAUGUUUUGAAUAACUUGGGCUCCUGUGACCUGGAUGAGGAUGACCUCAUGCUCGACUUGGAAUUCCUGGAAGAACAGCAUCACAGGCGUUCUGUUUGCCGGGAAGAUUCACACCAGUCUAUAGUCUCGUGUGCUGCUGUGCUGCUUACUCCCAUUGAACCAACUGCUGAAGGAAAGAAGAAGGAACAGCCAAAAAUGCCUGAAGUGACCAAACAGAAUCUUUCUCUGAAGUUGUCAAAGGAAGUGGAUCGAGGAGAAUCGAGGUGCCCUCGUGUCAGCCAACUGGCUAGCAGCCCAUCUGUGGAGUGGCCUUUUGCAGCCAUCGAAGAUGGUGGAGGGAUGGAGUCUUUGCCCUUCCGACUGAUGAUGCAAGACUGUACAUCUGUCAAAACAUUACUUCUGAAAAUGAAAAGGGUUCUCCAAGAGAGUGCAGAUAUGAGUCCUGCAAGCAGUACCAACUCGCUUCCUGUCAGCCCACUUACUGAAGAACCGUUGCCAUUCAAGGAUAUAAUGAAAGAUGAAUGUUCAGCACUGAAGCUGCAACUGAAGGAGAGAGAUGAACUCAUUUCCCAACUGCGCGAAGAGCUGGAAAAAGCCCAAUAUUUACAGAGGACUCUUGCCUCUCAAGUAGAUAAAUCCACACAGACUGAACUUGUAGGCCACGAUGCUACAUAUCUAAACAAAACGGUGAGCCAAACUCUCAACACAAAGGACAGAAAGUCAGCACAUACACCCACCGAGGACCAUUUUAGAUAUUUGCCGGGCAACCAAGCAACCUCCCACGAAAGCAAAAGCUGCCAGCUGUCAAGUGUGUGCCUCAGCAGCCUCCUGAAAGAAAAAGAAAUCGUGGAGGUUCUUAAGCACACAAGAGAGACUUAUGAAGCCCUGACUUCAGAGGUCAGCCAGAACGGCUUAGCAGGAGAAGCGCAAAGUGGGUUGAAGACAACAGCCAAAGCCGAGAAUCUCCCUGUUUUUCCUGGGGCUCCGAAAGAUCAAUCUCCUGUCCCUCGGCAACAUUCAACUUUCAUAGGGAGGCUGGGACAGCCUCCGAGAGGACCAAUCUCCUUACACAUGUACAGCAGGAAAAACGUUUUUCUUCACCACAACCUUCACACAUCUGAGCUUCAGACUUUGGGCCAGCAAGAUGGGUAAAUGGAGUUGGCACGUAUUUAUUGAAGACAGAGCCCUACAUCUGGCUUAAGGGGCCACGAUGCUAAUUUAAAACUGACUUUUUAAGUUCUCAUCAGCUGCUACCUACAUACAGUUUUGAAAUUAACUAUUGUUGUCUAUGAAAUCAAAGGCGAUCCCUGUAAAGUAAGGACUGGGAGUGGGGAGGUGGGAGGCUGGGUGGGGGCGGGGAAGGCUAGCAUGACUUAAAUGAGUAGUUGAAUGUCUUGCGGAAUUCACCCGAGUGUGAAAUCCUGGAUUUAAGGAAGUUGGUAACAAAAGCUCUAUUGGCUUCAUAGUGAAUGGAUGGGACCAUCUCGAUGGAAUGUCCAAAAGACGCCCAAUGUUUGUAUGUGUGUGUGUUUCUCUACCGUCAAUCACUUGCAUACCUAACAUUUCUGAACGCUAUGUCAAAUAUAACAUUCUGUUCUUUUAAUAAUGUUACUGUGAAAGUAGAUGUGAGGAAUGAAUAGAGAAUUAGUAAAAGGGAAGGAAAAGAAAUUCCCCCAAUGGUACAAAUUCAACCGAGGAGGUUUCAAUGAUCUGUUUGGUUGUAUUUUGGUUUCAUUUUGUACAGUGAAGCUUUUCUCAUUCAUCAUCAGACACAGCCUGUUUGCCCUUUCCAUUUUGGGCAAGAAGCAUAACAGUUUAUUGGGAUACUUGAAUGAGGUGAUGAGCCUCCUCCCCACACUUAGAAACCUUUUGAAAAAACCUAAUGUAAUUGCCAGCAGUAGGCAGAAAGUGUGACAGAAUGUCCCCAUCCUUCACACAGCUUAUUCCCUUACAUGAGAUGCAGCAGUGGCCACCUACUAGAAUGGUUUUAAAAGAGGAUUAGACAAAGAAAAGCAGGGUUAUCAAUGGCUGCUAGUCAUGUUGGCCAUGGUCUCUUUCCACUGUUGGAAAGAGUUGCUAGGAAUCACAAGAAGGGAGAGUACUGUAGCACUCAGGUCUUGCUUGUAGAAAUUACUUUACCAGGGUGAAUGAGUGGAUUUCCCACACUAUUCUGAGUAUGGCUUAGUUGGAUUAUUACUCAUUAUUCAGGGAUUGAUAUAAUAUCUGUAGUGGGAUACUACUUCGGUAUUUGAGGCCAAGUUCUAGAGUUAGUUUGCCAGGCUUUUUCAGUAUCCUUUUAUUUACACUUGUUUUGCUAAAUCAGUAUGUCAGUAAAUGGAAAUGGAAGAACUGGAUGCCAUCAAAUUUAAGAAAACAGUGGAUUUCUAAAUCUGCAUUUGCCAUUGAUAAACCAAAAUGCUGUAAGAGAAGAGUGCUUUGCAAGGAGCCACAUAAUUGUCUUUUUAGCAUCUUAUCAUCCUAAUGGCAUACAGAACACUGAUCUUAAAGAAACAGAAAUGAUUCCACAAUAGCAUACAAGGCCUUUGUCAAUGUCUAUCAGGCUAUUUAAGCGAUUAGCUUAGCUAAUGUGGCCAAAGGUGGCAAUAAGGAAUGUUAAGCUUUGUUGAAAAUAUUGCAUUAGAUUCUCACCCCAGCUGCUCUACAUUCUGUGUUGAGAAGCAGGUGUGCAUAUUCAGAUCCCCUUACAUAUUCUGAACUGUGAGCAGAAAAGCAGUACGUGGAAUUUAAAAACACAUACACAUCUAGAACCCAGUUUUCCGGCUGACAUAACCUGUGCUGCAUCGGAUUGUUCUUUGUACCUUUUAAAUGUGGGUCAGAAUAUUCAGUUUUGUCAACUCCAAUCACCACUUGAGAAUGGAAAUGGGAUCCAGUUCAUCCUUUCACCAACACCACUCCUGGCUAGGUGAUUGGUGCUAAUAAACCUGCUCUGAGUAUAUUUCGUGUGGAGCUCCUUAUACACCACAGUUCUAUUCAUGUGUUUGGGUGAAUGGGGGGGGGGGCUUAAAGGGGCGUGAGAAAGCGCACACACAUCUGCUCCCUCCAUGGCUCUGCACAUGCUGGCUCAUCUUCUGAACUUUGCAUAUUGUGCAUGAAGAGGCAAAGGGAGAUUCUAACAGUGUUUAGCUAACUGUGCUUGGAGGUUUCCGUGCCACCGGGGACCCUUCAUUGUUCCAUAUGCUUAGUAUCAGAACACAGGAAGAUCUGCAGUAGAGCCAGCAAGAGUUGGGCCACUGGGGGCAGACCUUAUACUCAUGCCUGCUUCCCACUUUAAGUGGUCAUGCAUUCACUCCAAAUACAUAGAGCAUCAUGUGCAUAUCCUCAGUCUGGGGAUCUGGAAAUUGGGAUCAAUGAGCUUUUAUAUACCUACACAACUCAAGAGCUCAAAUUGGAAAAGUUUGCUGGAACCAAGAAUCAUAUGAACAGAUUGGCAAGAUGUUUCUAAUUCUAAAAAGCAAAUUUCAUGAAAUGAAACAAUAUGAAUAAUGCUGAAAUUAAUGUUCCAAGGCUGCAAGGCUGUGCCUUGGAAUGAGUCCCAUACAAAAAAAAGUGAUGUGUCCUUUAGACUAAGUCUGUGUAGGGUCGGUGUGAGAAUAUGCUUUAAAAUACCUGAUGACAAUUCAAGUUACAUAUUGUUUUAUCAACUUAAUGGGAGACAUUCAUUGUAGAAAACCUGGCAAUUGCUGUGCAGCAGAAUAAUUUAAAUAUUGAUAAUUCUUUCUUACAUAAUGUAUUUCUCUUGGUCACAUUCUGGCUAGGAUUGUUAAAUACAACUCUAUCAUAUUUACAAGGAUGCAAGUCCCAUUUUAUUGAAUGGAGGUUAUUCCCCUAGUAACUAUAUCUGGGACUGUUGCUUUUGGACCACCAACUUACUAGGGAAUGAAUGCCACUGAACUACUUGAGAAUAAUUUCUGAGUUAUAUGCAUUAAAAUGGCGCUGUGAGAAUAUGUACGCCCUUUGGGUUUUCAGAGAUGAGAGAGAAUGGUUCAAAUAUUGGAAGAAAAAUCACUCCUUCUUGAUCAGAUGGUAUGUUACUGUGUGGUUACCACAUGUUCACUUGAUAGUAUUUCUGGAGUCAGAGUGGCAUAGUGCUUAGAGUGUUGAACUUGGACCAAGGAGGCCAGAAUUAGGACCUCUACUUAUACGAAACUCACUUACAAGCCUUGGGCCAGUCAUGCAUUCUCAGCCAAUACAACCUUGCAGGGUUGCUGUGGGAUAAAUUGUGGCAUUCGUUAUAAACAAAUAACACAUUCUACAAAAUAGAGUGCUGCAAAAAUGCAAAUGCGGUUUAAGCAGACAAAGUGAUUAUGAUUUAGAUUCACCCAUCUAGUUCAGAAAGGCUGGCCUGGUCCAUACCUGUCAUCACGAUGCCACUCUGCUCCACAAGGUAGCAUAAAAAACAGUAAGUGUAUUUUUCUAUCAAUAGCAUGAUUUCAGUGUUCAGUUUCAUGUUUUCCUCUUCUGUUAAUGAAACAAGUAGACUGAAAAAUAUAUUGGCCUGCUGUUCAUUACAGAUUUCAAUCUCGGUUGUGGUAAGAGUUGCCCUAUUUCAAUUCUGCCAUUUUUUUUAAAAAAAAAAUUAAUUCCAUAAUCAAAGCAAUUCUUUCCAGGAUUCAAAUGCACUAUCCUACAAUAAAAAAUAAAGCUGCAUCUUCCAUUUUAUACAAAAAUGCUUGUUUAUUUCUCGGCUAGGCACUGUUUGGAUUACGUUUUGUAAGCCGGGGGUGGGGGGUAACCGUCUAAAGCUAUGAAAAUGAAAUUUCAAAAUGCUACUAUUUUCUUGGCGGAAUUUUUUUUAAGCUAAAAAUUAUUGGUGAACAAUUAAAGCAAGGGAUAGCUGCUAGGCUUUUAUCCACUUGUAGCUGUUUUGUAUCAAUAUUUUUAGCAUUGUUAUAGGACUUCUUGUAAUACAAACAGGCUGUUUUCCCUCCCACAAGGGUGGCAGCUGUGUACAGUGUAACGGUACCUAAAAAGCAAAGGUGCUUUUGCAACAUCCUCUUGUGUAUAUUGUAACUCAUAAGACAAACUUGUGGAGGCAUUCUUUCAAUGAAUGGAUUCCUUUGUACUGAAAUCUCUAGUUUUCUAAGACAGUUCUCUGUAUAAAAAUGAUUUAUACAUCUUUCCAAGGCUGUACAUAUCCAACCUUCUGACAUCACGCAAGGGAAAAGGACUUCUUAUUUUUUGGCAGAUAUGUCUCUCUCUCUCUUUUUCUUUUUUUUGGAAUAUGUCUAUAAAACAAAAGCUUAAGUCUUGUAAAACCUCUAAGGCAAAUUGCUUCUUCCAGAGCUGCUAUCAGUGAGUGUGACUUCCAGAUCACAAUGGCAAUGUAAUUGAUAUUUUAAGGAGAAGGGAAUCCUUCAGGGAGAGAGAAAUGGGUUUCACUUCAGUCAAACACCCUGCAUUCCCCCCCUUUCUAAAAGCAAGAAAAGGUACUGUGCAGAUUCUAAACAAUCUUUAUAAAUUAGAAGAGCCGUUUUCACAGAAGUAAAUAAAUAAAUUAAUAAUAAUAAUAA